CGGCGUGGGAAGGAAUUAACCGUUUGUUGGCCGGAGAAGGGGGAAGAAAAUUAGCCCCCCACUCUGCACUUUUACUGCCGGGCUGCCCGAACUCCUGCCUGUUUGAAAUUGAGCCCUCCUCCUACCGCCCAACCCGAUUCCCAGCCGAGAAUCCUCCUUGUGAGAUUCAAAACAGACCUAUCCUUGUUCGGCGAGGGAGGGGUCGCAGCCGCGCCCGUCCCUGAGCUGAGCUGAGCUUUGGGUGCAGGGCAGGCAGUUGGCAGGGCAGCCCAAGAGCUCGACGGCCGACUGAGAGGGCGCCCGAGGGCGGGGCCAGCGACGGCGGAGGCGCUGCUCAAGAUGGCGGCGGGUGGCGCGGCUGAGGCGUCGGCCGCGGAGGAGCUGCGGGAAGCCGCGGGCUCGGAAGAUGAAAGGGAAGAGGGUGGAGGCGAUGAAGAGGAGGAGUCCGAAGAAUCCUCCGGGGACGGCGAGGAUGAGGAGAAAGAGAACGAGGCGGAGAUCCAGCGCCUGGAGGAGCAGCUGUCCAUCAAUGCUUUCGACUAUAACUGUCACUUGGACCUGAUCAAGUUGUUGCGCCAGGAAGGCGAGUUGGUCAAACUGCGAAGAGCCCGUCAAAAGAUGAGUGAACUCUUUCCUCUCACGGAAGAGAUCUGGUUAGACUGGCUGAAGGAUGAGAUUCGGAUGGCUUCGGAAAACUCGGAGCGGGAGAAGGUCUACGACCUCUUUGAGAGAGCAGUUAAAGACUACAUCUGUCCAGAAAUAUGGCUUGAGUACGCACAGUACUCGAUCGGUGGCAUCGGCCAAGAAGGUGGCAUAGAGAAAGUUCGGUCCAUAUUUGAGAGGGCGCUCACCGCCGUUGGUCUUCAUGUGACGAAAGGAGCCGCCAUUUGGGAGGCCUAUCGGGAGUUUGAGAAUGCCAUCUUGGAAACGGUGCAGCCGGCCGCUGGCAACGUUCCAUCCCCCGAGCAACAGCAGACCAUCUGUGCACAGCUUGAAAAAAUCCACGUGCUCUUCAGGCGCCAGCUGGGGAUCCCGCUGCUGGAUAUGGGGGCUGCUUAUGCAGAAUAUGAAGAGUGGUCUGAGGAAGCGAUCCCGGAAGCGGUGAGCAAAAGCUACCGGAAGGCUCUGCAGCAGAUGGAGAAAUGCAAACCCUACGAGGAAGCCCUGCUGGUAGCUGAGACGCCAAAGCUGGCUGAAUAUCAAGCCUACAUUGACUUUGAAACGAAGGCCGGGGACCCAGCCCGCAUCCAGCUGAUCUACGAGCGGGCCGUGGCCGAGAACUGCCUUGUGCCGGACCUCUGGGCUCGUUACACACAGUAUCUGGAUAGGCAGCUGAAAGUGAAAGACCUGGUGCUUUCCGUGCACGAGCGAGCAGUCAGGAAUUGUCCUUGGACUGUCAAACUGUGGAACCAGUACCUUCUGGCCAUGGAGCGGCAUCAAGUGGAGCAUCCGCAGAUUUCCGAAAACUUUGAAAAGGCUUUGAAUGCCGGCUUCAUUCAGGCCACCGACUACGUGGAAAUCUGGCAGGCGUAUCUGGAUUACCUGCGGAGAAGGGUGGAUUUUACUCAAGAUUCCAGUAAAGAGCUGGAAGAACUGAGGUCUGCAUUUACCCAUGCUGUAGAAUACUUAAAACAGGAAGUCGAGGAGCGAUUCAGCGAGAGCGGGGAUCCUUCCUGCAGCAUCAUGCAGACCUGGGCGAGGAUCGAGGCUCGCCUGUGUCACAACAUGCAGAAGGCGCGGGAGCUGUGGGACCACAUCAUGACCAAAGGGAACGCCAAGUUUGCCAACAUGUGGCUGGAGUACUACAACCUGGAGCGGGCGCACGGCGACACCCAGCACUGUCGAAAGGCCUUGCACCGGGCGGUGCAGUGCACGAGUGACUACCCGGAGCACGUUUGUGAGGUGCUGCUUACGCUGGAGAGAAUCGAAGGCACUCUAGAAGACUGGGACGCAGCUGUUCAGAAAACGGAAAACCGGCUUGCCCGCGUCAACGAGCAAAGAGUGAAGGCUGCCGAGAAGGAAGCUGCCCUGGCCAAGCAAGAGGAGGAGAGGACGGAGCAGCGGAAGCAGUCCCGGGCCGAGAAGAGGGCGGCCAAGAAGGCCAAGAAACCCAAAGCCGGAGACAAGCGCAAAGCGGACGACGACGACGACGACGAAUGGGGGCAGGAGGAGGAAGUUGAGCAGCCCAGCAAGAGGCACAAGGGCAGCGGUGGGGGCGACGCGGGGACCGAAGAGGAGGUUGAAGACAUGGAGACAGAGAUGGGACUCUUUGGCCGGAACGUGCGCCCCAAAGCGGAGCCGAAGCCCAAGGAGGAGUCCGCCGCGCCGGGCGCCAAGUGGAAGGAGGCCCCCAAGGUCCUGCACGACCGCGAGAAGGAGAACGUCACGGUCUUUGUCAGCAACCUCUCCUACAGUAUGGCGGAGCCCGAGGCGAAGUUGGAAAGCCUCUUUGGCAGCUGCGGGGAGGUGGCUGAGGUGCGGCCCAUUUACAGCAACCGAGGGACAUUCCGGGGCUACUGCUAUGUGGAAUUCAAGGACGAGAAGUCCGCCCUGCAGGCCCUCGGCAUGGACCGCAGGGACUUCGAAGGGAGGCCCAUGUUCGUCUCUCCUUGCGUCGACAAGAACAAGAACCCGGAUUUUAAGAUGUUCAAGUACAGCACUGCCCUGGAGAAGCAUAAACUCUUCAUCUCCGGCUUGCCUUUCUCCUGUACCAAGGAGGAGCUGGAGGAGGUCUGCAAGGCCCACGGAACUGUGAAGGAUAUCCGGCUGGUCACGAACAGAGCCGGUAAACCCAAGGGCCUGGCCUAUGUGGAGUUUGAGAACGAAACGCAGGCCUCCCAAGCAGUGCUGAAGAUGGAUGGCCUCACUAUCCAAGACCAUAUCAUUAAGGUGGCGAUUAGCAACCCGCCUGCCCGGAAAUUCCCGGAGAAACCGGAGGCUGCAGGGAGAACCUCUCAAUCCAUGGUCCCUCGGCAGAUCUAUGGAGCCCGGGGCAAAGGGAGGACCCAGCUGGCCUUGGUUCCCCGUGCGUUGCAGCGCCAGAACCACCCUGCGGCCAAGGCGGAGAACGGAAUGGCCCAGAGCCCGUUGGCGACGCCCGCCCUCCCCGCAGAGGAGCCCAAGAAGAUGUCCAACGCGGACUUUGCCAGGCUGCUCUUGAACAAGUGAGCGAGCCGGGGUGACCGAUGGGGCGGGGAGGGGGGGGCGGAUGCCAGUGUGACCCGGUGUGUGUCCUUAGAAGCCCCGGUGUGUCCUGGCACACCAGCAAGACGACUGGCCGGUCAUCACCACACACCGGUUCUCUUCUGUACUUGCUUUUUCUCUGAGCGCCAAGAUGUGGCUGGGUCAGGGAGGGGAAAUCUGGCAAGAUGGCUUUAAGUCCGUAAACACUCCCUCAUAUUGAGGGGUCCCGUGGAGAGAGAGAGAGAGAGUUCACUUUCGGGGCUGGGUACAAUAUGAAGCUUUUCUGGAGGUUUCGUUUCUGCAGUGGAGCAAGAAGUUUAAUGUGAAUGCUUUCUGCUCGGAUCUGUACAGUUCCACCGCAGUCCGUUUUGGGUCGGUGGCAGCUUCUCCACACGAUACACUUUCUACACGAACCAACACAAGACACACUCGCAGAUAGAUGUAAACACCCCCACACCCUCUGAAGUUGGGGCUGCACCCGUCUCCUCCUCUUGUAUGAAGUUUAUUAUAUUAGAUGGCAACUUCACCAUAAUGGCCUAUUUUAGUACUGGGGUGCAGGGGUAGGCAUUUCUAUUGAGCCUGUAUUGGCUACUUGCUCAAGUUGGUCUGUUUUUGUUUUUAAAUAAAUAUAUAUAUAUAUUUGUGUAAUCUGUAAAUGACAUGCCAGAACACUUAUUUUUAGGCUCUGUUUGUUUGACACGAUCUUCAAAGAAUUGGCCUGUGAAAGCUUGAUUGCUGUGGACCAUUUGGGUGUCUUUUGUUUGCCAAACAUCUGUGUUGUUUAUAUCUUGGCCAGUUUGAUUUUUUCCACUCCCGUUUUGACUUGUUCAGGUUUUUGUUUUGUACAAGUGCAAGUUUGUCCCUCCCUGGGUUCAUUAAAGUACUCUUCUCGGAA